GAUGCCUCGUACGUCUGCAAGAGCAUCUCUGCUGCGCUUCACCCUCCUUAUCUCAUGGUGUAUCAUGUCCUCCUGUGCAGAGCUCCACGCAGGAGAUUGGAGAAGAGCUGGAGGAUGGUGUGAUCUACAGCAUAUCGCUCCGGAAGGUGCAGCUCCAUCACACGGCCAACAAAGGGCAGCGAUGGCUGGGGUUUGAGAACGAGUCAGCCUUAAACCUCUACGAGACGUGUAAGGUGCGGACAAUAAAAGCUGGGACCUUGGAGAAGCUGGUGGAGUACCUGGUCUCAGCCUUCAAGGGCAAUGACUCCACCUAUGUCACCAUCUUCCUGUGCACUUACCGGGCCUUCGCCACCACCAAGCAAGUGCUGGACCUGCUGCUUAACAGGUACGGCAAACUCCACGUGCAGGCGAACGGGGACCACGCCAAGCACGCCGUGGAUGAGAGGAUGGAGCUGAAGAACACCAUCUCCUCCAUCCUGGGUGCCUGGCUGGACCAGUACUCGGAGGACUUCCGCAAGCCCCCAGACUUCGCCUGCCUCAAGCAACUCAUCUCCUACGUGCGUCACAACAUCCCUGGCUCGGACCUGGAGCGCCGAGCCCGCAUCCUGCUCGCCCAGUUCCAGCAGCAAGAGCAGAGCGAGUCCGAAGCAGAAGCUGUGGAGCACGGUGGCUGCACCUUCCAGCUGGUGGAGGAGAACGGGGUCGGGGACGGGAAGCCGGAUUUCCUCUCCUUCUCCCCAGAGAUGGUGGCAGAACAGUUCACGCUGAUGGACGCGGAGCUGUUUAAGAAGGUGGUGCCUUACCACUGCCUGGGCUGCAUCUGGUCCCAGCGCGACAAGAAGGGCAAGGAGAACCUGGCACCCACCAUCCGUGCCACGGUCUCCCAGUUCAACAGCGUGGCCAACUGCGUCAUCGCCACAUGUCUGGGAGACCGGUCCCUGAAGCCGCAGCAGAGGGCCAAAGUGGUGGAGCGGUGGAUCGAAGUGGCUCGGGAGUGCCGCAUCCUGAAGAACUUCUCCUCCCUCCGAGCCAUCCUCUCGGCUCUGCAGUGCAAUGCUGUUCACCGGCUGAAGAAGACCUGGGACGAGGUCCUGCGGGAGAGCUUCCGCACCUUCCAGGAGCUCUCAGAGAUCUUCUCCGAUGAGAACAACCACUCACUGAGCCGGGAGCUUCUCAUUAAGGAGGGCACGUCCAAAUUUGCCACCUUGGAGAUCAACCCGAAGAGGGCUCAGAAGCGGCAGCAACAGCAGCGGGAGAUGGGUGUGAUGCAGGGCACCAUUCCCUACCUUGGCACCUUUCUCACGGACCUGGUGAUGCUGGACACUGCCAUGAAGGAUUUCCUGGAUGGUGGGCUGAUCAACUUUGAGAAGAGAAGGAAGGAGUUCGAAGUCAUCGCCCAGAUCAAGCUGCUCCAGUCC